CAAAACCCCUUUGACCUGGAGUUUGACCAGUCCAACCACCUGGAGCCCGUCUUCAACUUUGAGUGCCCGACCCGUCCCGACAUGCCUUCAAGUCAACCCAUCGAUAUCCCUGAUGCCAAGAAGAGGAACAAGAAGAAGAAGCGCUGCAGGGCCACCGACAGCUUCUCUGGCAGGUUUGAAGAUGUUUACCAGCUGCAGGAGGAGGUGCUGGGAGAAGGGGCCCACGCCAGAGUCCAGUCCUGCAUUAACCUCAUCACCAACAAGGAGUACGCAGUGAAGGGACAAAACCCCUUUGACCUGGAGUUUGACCAGUCCAACCACCUGGAGCCCGUCUUCAACUUUGAGUGCCCGACCCGUCCCGACAUGCCUUCAAGUCAACCCAUCGAUAUCCCUGAUGCCAAGAAGAGGAACAAGAAGAAGAAGCGCUGCAGGGCCACCGACAGCUUCUCUGGCAGGUUUGAAGAUGUUUACCAGCUGCAGGAGGAGGUGCUGGGAGAAGGGGCCCACGCCAGAGUCCAGUCCUGCAUUAACCUCAUCACCAACAAGGAGUACGCAGUGAAGGUAAAGCAGGACUGCAGACCCAGCUCCCUCCCCUCCCUGCCUCACUGAUACCUCUGUCCCUGCAGGAACGUCCUGGAGCUGAUUGAGUUCUUCGAGGAGGAGGAGAGGUUUUACCUGGUGUUUGAGAAGAUGAGAGGAGGCUCCAUCCUGACGCACAUCCACCGCAGACGCCACUUCAACGAGCUGGAGGCCAGCAUGGUGGUGCAGGACAUCGCCAGUGCCCUGCACUUCUUGCACAACAAGGGAAUAGCACACAGGGAUCUGAAACCAGAAAAUAUUCUGUGCGAGAGCCCUGACCAGGUGGGUGGGGAGCAGCUGGGUGGGGGUCCCCACGGCCCCUCUUUAAUUUUGUCUGUCUCCCUCCCCUGCUCUGCGCAGAACAUGCUCUUUGAAAGCAUCCAGGAGGGGAAAUACGAGUUUCCCGACAAGGACUGGGCACACAUCUCCUUCGGAGCCAAAGAUCUCAUUUCCAAACUGCUGGUGAGAGAUGCCAAGAAGCGGCUCAGCGCUGCCCAGGUCCUGGAGCACCCCUGGGUGCAGGGGUGUGCCCCGGAUAAUACCCUGCCAACCCCCAUCAUCCUGCAGAGGAACAGCAGUGCCAAAGAGCUCACCUCCUUUGCCGCCGAGGCCAUCGCUGUCAAUCGCCAGCUGACGCGGCACGACGAGGAUGAGGAGGAGGAGGCGGAGGAGGAAGCACGACCCAUCAUCAUCAAAGCUACCUCACGGGCCAUGCAGCUCUCCCCCCCCUCUGAGUCCAAGCUGGCCAAGCGACGGCAGAAGAACAGCCUGGCCAAGGCAGUGGCCGCCGGGCAGCACCUGGUGGCCCCGCUGGUCCUGGUGGCUGACCAAGCCUGA